AUGACGUUAUGUACGCGAUCUAAACGGCUACUGGCAUUGUUAUUAUUAAUAAGAAGAAAGAAAAAAUAUACAUUAAAGAAAACUAGACUUUGGGUACAUUCUAUGAAUCGAACACAAUCAGAAAACGGAGAAUUCAAAAAAUUAUGUGUUGAACUUGAAUUAUAUCCAGAUCGAUAUUUCAAUACCUUCAGAAUGAACAAAGAUCAAUUCGAUAUAUUAUACACACUUUUAAAAAAUUCGCUUUCUAAAAAUGAUACAAAUUUUAGAAAAAGUAUACCCGCUAAAGAACGACUUGUAGUCACAUUAAGGUAA